GAUGUGAAGAUCUUCAGGGCCCUGAUCCUAGGGGAGCUAGAGAAAGGGCAGAGCCAGUUCCAGGCCCUCUGCUUUGUCACCCGACUGCAUCACAAUGAGAUCAUCCCCAGCGAUGCCAUGGCCAAGCUCCGGCAGAAAAACCCUCGGGCUGUGCGGCAGGCCGAAGAGGUGCGGGGGUUGGAGCAGCUGCACAUGGACAUCGCUGUCAACUUCAGCCAGGGGGGCCUUCUGAGCCCCCACCUCCGCAACGUGUGUGCCGAGGCUGUGGACGCCAUCUAUACUCGCCAGGAGGAUGUCCGGUUCUGGCUAGAGCAUGGUGUGGACAGCUCUGUAUUUGAGGCUCUGCCCAAGGCCUCAGAGCCGGCAGAGCUACCACGCUGCGGGCAGGUGGGAGACCAUGGAAUGCCCUGUUCCUGCCGCUACAGCCUGAGCCUGGCCUGGUACCCCUGCAUGCUCAAGUACUGCCACAGCAGAGACCGCCCCACACCCUACAAAUGUGGCAUCCGCAGCUGCCAGAAAAACUACAGCUUUGACUUCUACGUGCCUCAGAGGCAGCUAUGCCUCUGGGACGAGGACCCCUAG